UAUUAAUUUUGUUUUAGUUAAGAGUGGGUGUGGGUUUAUGUUUUUUCCCUGCCCAUUUGUAAUCCAAAAGCAUUGAUUUCGAGGAGAAACAUUAUUCACUUCUUAGUGUUUAUUAGAACAUUGUGUGGGAAUCAGAAAUCACACAGCGAGUAUUACUCUUUUCCAGCUUUCCCGAAAACAAAGGAGUGUGUUGAACAGCCAAGCAAAAUUCUCUUCAAGGAAACGUAAAGUGCAGUGUUGCCAUCAUGACCACCGUAAAUGCAACUCCAGUUUAUCCUACAGUGAACUCCACACUAUCAGCUCUAAGUGCAAAUGGCACUCAGAACAGCCAAAAUAUUAUCUUCUCAGUUGUUGCCGGUUUUGCUGCCUUUUUUUCCAUCUUUGGGCUUAUAGGCAAUGCAAUUGUCAUCUGGGUCCUUACAUUUAAGAUGAAGAGGAACAAAUACACUGUGUAUAUCCUUAAUCUUGCAAUUGCGGAUUUUAUCUACCUUUUCUUUGAUGCUGUUGUCAUGCUUUUGCUGGUGGACAAAAUGCUGAACGCCAGGAACCCAUCAAGCAAAACGCUCCAAGCACUAGAAAUCAUAUAUGAUUUUGGCUAUACUGCAGGCAUGCUUUUCCUUACAGCAAUAAGUAUUGAACGUUGCCUGUCAGUUCUCUUCCCCAUAUGGCAUAAAUGUUACCGGCCCAAGCACUUAUCAACGUGGGCCUGUGGGUUCCUCUGGUUGUUUGGAGCUUUAUUAUCCCUCCUUGAUAAUUUUGUUUGUCCCGCUAAUGAUUUCAAUAAGAAUACAUAUCAAUGUACAGCGAUGCAAAUAUUUGCCUCUGUUCUGACAUUUGCUAUCAUUGUUCCUUUGAUGGUUAUGUCUAGUUUUACUUUGAUCCAUGUUGUUAGGACAACAUCAAAGAAAUGUCGACCACCAAAAAUCUAUGUUGCCAUCAUCAUUACAGUUCUGGUGUUCUUGAUUUCUGUCAUACCUAUCAAAGUGUUGUGGAUUUUGUUGUAUUUUAAGUUAUUCCCAAAUAACUUCCAUUCAGUUGCCCUGUUCUUUGCCAGUACUUACUGCACUAUGUUUAACAGCAGUGCAAACCCAUUCAUUUACUUCUUUGUGGGGAGGCAAAAGAUGAAGAGGUUUAGUAGCUCAGUGAAUGAAGCACUUAGCAGAGUUUUUAAAGAAGAUGAAACAGAUCAAUCAACUGAAUAUUACACAGAGAGUAAUUCCACAAUCUCUACUUUAAAUUAGUGUAUUUCAGAAAAAUAUUUCAAGACUAUGGGGCAGAUUUGCUUUAACUCAUUUUUCGGAUUUAUAUUGGGAACCACAAAAAAGCUAAUUUCCACAAAUGGCCGUCAUUUCUCAAAAGAUCUGAACUGUAAAAGCACAAAUUAAAAAAGUUGUGAAAACCACAGCUUUUUCUACGUGUUUCAUGAUAACUGUGACUUUUUUGAAUUGUCGCACAAAAAACCGAACACCUCUAAAACCACAAAGUAAUGAAAGAUCUUCCAGUUGCAAAAGGGACAUCUGCCAUUGUCUUCUACAUGAUAUCGACAGUUUUUAGAGUAUUUUCGGAUUCGGAUUUGUUGCAGUCUUGUUAAUCACGGUGUUCAAGUGUUCAAUGAUAUUUACCUGCUGAAAGAAAAAAUACAAACCCCUCUUCAUUAUGGACUGACUUUUAUUGGACAGCAUUUCUGAUGAAUAGUGGAAUAAUUAUACAUUCAAUUAUUACUUAUUUAAUAGUGUAGAAAUGAGCAUGCUGAUGCUAAAACAAGUUACUUAUAAAAUGUCUUUAUAAGUUACAUCCACUGUAAUAUAUAACAAAUAUACAACAAAUAAAUUUAAUACACAAGCAGAUGUUUCUUCUGCUGGAACAGUUCAACCUUAAAGUCAGUUAAAAAAUUAAUUGUAUGUCUAAAAUUUGUGAGCCAUAUUUUAACUUUAACUAGUCACUCCUAAGACUCAUCACUUAUCUCUGUUGCUGUAACAUAGACAAAAAGUGGGUUAUUGUGGCCUUACACUGGCAGAUAUAAGCUGCCUAUUCGAGUCCUUUAGACCAUUAGGGUAGCUUAUCUGCCCAUUUAUGGGGCCCCCCAACAGGCUUGCGAUGUAUAUCUGGCCAAAAAUUGUCCAGGUGUCAAUUGGGCAGGUUUGAUUUUCUCAUUGACUGCAUCAGCUCAUUGAUGUGGCCCCUGGUCUGACAACUCCUACACCUGUCUUUUUAAUUUGAUCAUUUGGCUUAAGUGGGCAUAUUGGGAGAAGAUCCGCUCUUAGGGGCAUAUUUAUUAUACUAUGUAAAAAAUGUCAAGGAAAUUCACCACACAUCGCAAGGCUUCGCCGUGUUAAACACGGCGUAAAAUUGGCUUAGUUUUUGUUCUGCCAGAAAUAAUGGAGUCAAAUGUGACGUUCAGACGGCAAUCUUAUUAGUUUAUUUUACACAGCUUUUUACGCCGUUUUUUCUUUGAAUUCGUUUUACACAGCAUAAAAAUAUGCCCCUUAAUGUGCAUGGCCACCCUUAGGUUGUUCCUGUUAUAAAAUUGUAGGGUUGCACUUAAUUUAAGGUUCAGUUCGGGAUUCGGGCCGAAUCCAGGCUUUUUUUGAAGGAUUCGGUUUCGGCCAAAUCCACGGUCCUGGCCGAACUGAAUCUGAAUCUCAAUUAGCAUAACUUUGCAUGUACUAAUUAGCAUCCGGAAUGGGUCGGGGAAAAGAUUUUCGCUGCACAGCGAUUUUUAACUGCUUCCGAUCGUAAUUUGCAUAUGCUAAUUAGGAUUCGGAUUUGGUUCGGUAUUCAACAGAAUCUGUCGGGGUGGGUUUUGCUGAACCCAAAAAAGUGGGCUUGGUGCAUCCCUAUGAAAUUGUGAGUCUUGUGUAUUCAUUGUUACUAUUUAUGUAAAUCCCGCAGUGGCAACAAAUGAAGUAUAUCACUAACGCUACUUGACAGUUUCAUUUUAUUUUUGCUUUGUACAAAAAAGAUGUGUUAAUUAAGCAAGUGUUCCUUUUUUUAAUACGCAUUGGAGAGAAUUUCUUAUGAGUAAUGUAGCUUUAGCCUUGUAAGAUCUGCCAUUAAAGUAAGAAUAUAGCAGUUGUAGAUACCAAAGAUGAUCUUAUUACAUAAGUGUUUAUCUUGAUUCCCUGCAAGUAUAAUCCAUGAUUUCCAUGAAAAAACUGCAUUGUUAUCCAGCCUAAAUUAAUCCUUACCUUAUCGAUGAGUUCAAGUUUCAAUUUCUUCCAACAAACAGACAGCAUUUUCAGCUUUUCUUGGAGAAAGAGAGUUUUUCUUCCAGGUGAAUGUUCCUAUAAACAAUACCGAACCACUGAAUGAUAUGGAGGGGACUUCCUGAGCAGUUCAGACCUGACAGUAAUUUUUUUUAUGUUUGCACAUUUCCUGCCUUUAGAAAUGGGCCAGUUGGUCAGAAGUAAUUUAACUGCUAGAAGAAGUCAAAACCAUUUUUUUCUAUGAGAUGUCAUAGUUCUUCAGCAGUUCUGAACUAUACUGCCCUAAUGAACCAAAAGGUUGAUUAAAAAAAACAUUCAUUCAUUGCAUUCAUUAAACUUUUAUAAAUCUUUUUACAAAGCAAAAUUCCUUGUUAGCCUCAGGUAAAAACACAAGAUGAUUAGGAAGAUGAUUAGGAAAUCAACUACCAUAUGUAGCAAUUACUUCCCAGCACUGAGAUUUCAUGGUUGUUAUUUGGUACAUAAGAAUACAAAAUACUGUUGUAUGUGAAGUAAAAGUGAGGUUAAAUAUACCUGCAAUUCCUUUCUGUUUUACCAAUACAACAACAGAAUUUGCAUCAUACUCUACUACCUGUGCUGCCAUAAUCAACCUGUUUUUUUUUUGAGCUCUGCCAUUUAGAGAAAUCCAGCCACUAAAGCUAAUAAAUCAAUAUUGUAAUAUAUAAAUCAUAACAUAUUGUACUUACUUGCCAAGUGAAUAAAAAUGUAAAUCAUCA